UAGAAAAGGGGUGCAUUUGGGAUUUUGUGAUGUUAGAUUGGCAUGAUCCAAUGGUUAAUAUCAUAGAAUUGAAAUGUUUUGACGGCUGUGAUUGAAUUUCCUUUUCAGGGAUUAUUAAUUAUUAAUUAUUUAAUGAAAGGCAUCACUGGUAAGAAAUGCGUUAUCCUUUAUAGCGGGAAGAGACGGUUGGAGUGUAACACUGCCAACAAUGGUGUUGGCCUAUGCUGCCACGCUUUCUUCCACUCUAUCGUUUCAAAGUUCUGUUCCUUUCUCUUCUCAACGUUCAGGAACACCAUUUGGAUCCUCUUUCCCAUCAAGCAGAGAUUAUGGUUCUGUUGUUCCACCAUUUGUUGUCUGUCAUGCCAAGAAAAAACUCAGCCUUAUGGAGCAAAUUCUCGAUUAUAUUGAAGGGGGUCCCAAAUUAAGGAAGUGGUAUGGUGCACCUGACAUCCUUGAAAAAGAUGGUACUUCCAUAGAAGAUGGUGAGGAUGACUAUCCGGAAGAUGAGGUCAGAGAUGCAGUGCUUGUAACAGAUGGAGAUAGUGAGAUGGGUCAGAUGGUGAUACUGUCAUUGAUUAUCAAGAAAGCUCGAGUAAAGGCAUUGGUGAAGGAUAAAAGGGUUGCACUUGAAGCCUUUGGAAGUUAUGUUGAGAUUCUUAUUAUUGAUCUCGUGAUGCUUGUUGCAAAGUCCCUGGCAGGAGAUACUAGUGACAAUCGAUUCGUGAAGAAAGCUCUCAGAGGAGUUCGCACAAUCAUAUGCCCAAAUGAGGGUUUUCUUUCUAGCGUUGGGAGCCUUAAAGGAGUACAACAUGUGAUCCUCUUAUCUCAGUUGUCAGCUUAUAGCGGUAAAAGCGGCUUUCAAUCUAUGAUGAAAAGCAAUGCAAAGAAACUAGCUGAGCAAGAUGAAUCAGUUUUGAAGAUCUCUGGAGUUCCUUACACCAUAAUUAGGACUGGUGCAUUACAAGACACACCUGGUGGGAAGCAAGGCUUUACCUUUGAUCAGGGUUGUGCAGCUAGUGGGAGUAUUAGCAAAGAAGAUGCUGCCUUUGUUUGUGUUGCAGCCUUGGAUUGCACCCCACAAACUGGGUUCAUAUUUGAGGUGGCCAAUGGGGAUAACAAAGUUUCAGAUUGGAAAGAAUGUUUGUCCUCAUUGAUGGAGAAAGAAAAUAACAAACUCCAGUGACUAUUCCUAUUUCUU